AUGUCCUCCGAGGAAGUUAAAAAUCAUAGAAGAAGAUUUGCCGGAUCAAGAAAGAUGCCGGUAAAUGGUGACAAGAUUGGGACAAAUGGCUCCAAGAAGACAGUAGCUAUUAAAGGAAGAUCUAAAGUGAUUGGUCGAAUCAUGAACCAAAUUCCAAAGGAUAUUUUGGAAGAUGAAGAACUCAAUGAAGUCAUCAAGUUACUACCGUCUAACUACAACUUUGAAAUCCACAAAACAGUAUGGAAUAUACGAAAGAAAAAUGCAGUACGAGUGUGCCUACAAAUGCCUGAAGGAUUGUUGAACUAUUCACUUAUAAUAGCUGAUAUUUUGGAGCAGUUCUGCCAUUGUGAAGUGCUUGUCAUGGGAGAUGUCACUUAUGGUGCAUGCUGUAUAGAUGAUUACACUGCUAGGGCCUUGGAUUGUGAUUUUAUAGUGCAUUAUGGCCAUUCAUGUUUGGUCCCCAUAGCUGUGACAACUAUAAAGGUCUUGUACAUUUUUGUCACUAUUCAGAUCGACGAACAACAUUUAAUUAACACUAUUAGACGCAACUUCAAUCAGGGAACUAGAUUGGCUGUCUUCGGAACGAUCCAGUUUAACCCAGCAAUUCAUUCCCUUAAAGUUGCUUUGGAGAACCCUGAAAGCCCGCAAGACAAGUUGAUCUACGUGAUAGCCCCUCAGAUUAUGCCUCUCUCCAAAGGUGAAGUGCUUGGUUGUACAUCUCCUUCAUUGGAUCCUAAGCAGUUUGAUGCCAUGGUUUACGUGGGAGAUGGAAGGUUUCAUUUGGAGUCUGCCAUGAUUCAUAAUCCUCAUAUUUUAGCCUAUAGAUACGAUCCGUAUUCUCGGAAAUUCACCAAGGAAGGGUACGAUCAGAAAGAGAUGAUAUCGGUUCGUAGAGAAGCUGUUCAGACAGCCAAAGGUGCUAAGAAGAUAGGACUAGUGUUGGGAGCCCUUGGAAGACAGGGAAAUCCCAUUACAGUUGAGAAGUUGGAAAAGGAACUUCGAAAGCACGGUAAAAUCGUUGUAAAGAUCAUUUUAUCUGAGAUCUUCCCCAAGAAAAUGGCCAUGUUCGAUGAUAUUGGCGCAUUUGUUCAAGUAGCCUGUCCCAGAUUGUCCAUCGAUUGGGGAUAUGCCUUUAGUAAACCUUUAUUGACUCCAUAUGAAGCUAUGGUGAUGCUUGAAGAAGAUACUCCUUUCACUGAAGAGUUCUAUCCAAUGGAUUACUAUUAUAAAGAAGGAUAUGGAAGAGGAAAGAAGCCGGCGAGAACUUAA